AUGAAUGAGUGCCCGCUGCCUACCCUGCGUUGGUGUGUCACCGAUUACUGGGAGAUGGAAAAGUGCCAGAGUAUGCGCAAUGCCUUUGCCGCGCAGGGCAUCAAACCAGACCUCAGUUGCAUACUGGGCUCAACGACGAUCCAGUGCAUGGGCUUCAUACGCGAUGGCUUCGUCGACAUGAUGAGUGUGGAGGCUGGAGACCUCUACACUGCCGGCCGUUACUUCGAUCUGGUUCCCAUUGUUAAUGAGUAUGCUCAUUCUUUCUUUUCUAUCUUGCCGUAG